AUGUCUCGUGCUGUCAAGAUAGCCAUGCAGAGUUGGAAGGGAAACCUAUACCCCGGACAUGUUACCGCUGCGAAUCAUCCUAAUGCCGGCGGUACGCACCUACUAGACAUCGCACUCAUACCGCCCGUCUUCGAUAACUCGGGUAAAUCCAUUGACUUUUUCGUCGCAGCACGAGCCCAUCAUGCUGAGAUUGGCGGUGUUGCGCCCGGAUCGAUGCCCUCUGACUCGGUCAAGCUAUACCAGGAGGGUGCAGCAUUUGAGCAAUGGAAAACCAUUCCGCACGGCAAAUUCGAUGACGAGGGUAUUCAGCACCACUUAGUCGACGUUCUGGGGUCGUAUCCUGGCUGCAGUCCGUCAAGGCGAGGAGGCCAUAAUCACAUCGCCGACCUUAAGGCUCAGGUUGCCGCCAAUCAAAAAGGCAUCAAUCUGAUCCAUGGCUUAUUUGAGGAAUAUCGGCGUGAAACUUUUCUAUUCUACAUGUGGGCUGUCAAGGAGACGGCUGCAAUUGCUGUAGAGGGUCUGUUGCGAAAGACGGCUGCAAAGCAAAUGGGCCAGCGACCACCGACAGCGGUCGAUUACAUGGACGAAGGUAGUCGCAUCCAGCUGUCUGUCUCAAUCGGCGCCGAGAAGAGAACAGCUGUCUCUGACUUCACAGGCACCGGCCACGAGCCCUUCAACUGCCUCAGCGCCCCCAUUGUCAUCACCCACUCCGCUAUAUUGUAUAGCUUGCGCUGUCUAAUCGGUAGCGACAUUUGGCUCAACGAAGGUGGGGAAGCUUAA